AUGGCCGCCGCCGCCGCUGCAGCGCGUCGCGGCCUGUCCGCCCUGCUGCUCGGCCGCCGGCCGCCGCUGCCGCCCUGGCUGCGCCCGCCGCCCCCCCGCAGCCUCCCCUGCGCCGCCGCCCGCGGGCCGGGGCUGGGCGGGCCGCGGGCUCCCGCGCCGCUCUGCGCUGCCGUCCGCAGCUACAGCCAGGUUACCGAUGCACCGUCCCAGGAAGGUCACCCCUCGGAGCAGGAACCGGAGUCAGCCAAGGCAGAGAGUGACAAUGUCUUUCUCAUCAGGGCACAAGGAUUCCCCUUCUCAUGCACCGAGGAAGACGUGCUUACCUUUUUUGAUAGCUGUAGAAUUCGAAACGGUGAGAACGGCAUACACUUCCUCUUAAACAGGGAUGGGAGACGCAGGGGAGAUGCCUUGAUCGAGCUGGAGUCGAAAGCCGAUGUGCAGAGAGCCUUGGAAAAGCACCUGAGGUAUAUGGGCCCACGCUACGUGAAAGUUUUUGAAGUACACGAUAGUGAUGUAGAAGGCUUACUACAAAGUCUGCGGGAUGAGUCACAAGCCAUAAAUGACGGAGUUAUACUACUCAGAGGUCUUCCGUUCAGCUCCACUGAGGAUGAUAUUGCAGAUUUUUUCUCAGGUUUGAAAAUAACUGACAUAGCUUUCGUUUACCGGGGAGAAAGAAGAACAGGAGAAGCUUUCGUGCAGUUUGCAGCUCCUGAAAUGGCAGCUAAAGCCCUGUUACGACACAGGGAAUAUAUGGGAAAUAGAUAUAUAGAAGUGUAUGUAAGUAGAAAGCAUCAAAUGCAAAGGCAUGUGCCUUAUGACAAGCAGAUGGUGACCUACCCCAAAGUGAGAAAAGAACAUGAAUCUGUUGCUGAAGAAAGAGAAUUGAGCAACACAGGAGGCUCCGAUGCUGAAAGAGAAAAUAAAUUGUGCAGGAGAGGAACGGAAAGCUCCAGGCAUGCUUUAGAAUCUGGGAACAUCUCACCACUGCACUUUGUCCACAUGAGGGGUUUUCCUACCCAAGUUAGCGCCCAAGACAUAAUAAAUUUUUUUGCUCCGCUGAAGCCCACAAGGAUCAUGGUAGAAUACAACUCCCAUGGAAAUGCCACAGGAGAAGCGGACGUGCAUUUCGAGAGCCACGAGGACGCAGUCGCUGCAAUGGCUAAGGAGGGGUCACAGCUGCAGUGCAGUGCCAUUGAAUUAUUCCUGAAUGACCACCCAAAGGCAAAACAAGACUGGUAGUGACAGUGGCACAGUCUCAGGUUUGGCCAAAGCCAACACAUUCCGUGGGUAUGAGCGUAAAGAUUGAGUACGAGUGUCGCUGCUCAAUAACAAGGAUAAACUGUAUAAAAUUCAGUUUAGCGUUGUGUAAAUGCAUGUAAUAAAUUGUGUUGACAUAC